GCGAGCUUCCGUUCAAAACCGUGACUUGAAAUCUAUAUAUAUUAAAGUAGUAACAUUCCAAGCAUGUCAUUAUCAAAAACCUCAGCUCCUGAAUAUUUUGUAAUAUUUUAUUCCCUUCUAGCUGCACCACAACUCGACACGUGUCCCAUUAGAAUUAUUAUAUUCAGAUUUAUUCCUCCAUCAUUCAUUCUCCCUCUUCUCCCACUAUCUCCAUUAAUUUUAUCUCCCCCAUUACCUCGGCCUAAUCAUAAAAUUAUUCUGAGUGUUUAAUGUUGGUCAAAUUUUUAUGUGCAAUUAACAUUAAUUUAGAUUCCUUUACUCUCUCUUUUUCCUCCCUUAUCUGAUAUUAUUGAAAAACCGUUUAUGUAUCUGGUCCCUUUUUCCUUAAUAUUUGAAAUUUUUUAAAUCAUUUAGCCUCCAUUGAAUGGAUUUCUCCAUUCCUUAUUUUUAUUUAUUCCGCCCCACUAAGGAAUUAAUUGUUUCUAUUUUCUACGUGCAUUUAACUUUAAUUUCAUUCCUUUUCUCUCCCUUUUUUAUUCCCUUUCUCACAUUAUUUUUUGACGUUUUUAUAUAUGAACCAUACUUCCUUAUUAUAAAAAAAAAAUUCAAAUUCUGAAGGCUCCAUUGAUUGGCUCAACAUUCCCUUCUCCAUUCCCUAUCUUUUUUUUCACGCCCCAUUAAUGGAUAUUGGGACUUUGUGUUUUGUUUUUCUCUAUUUGUGCCCAAUAAUAGUUUGUUCACCCCCCCCCUUAUUUUGUUGUUUCUAAUUCUUUUUUUGAAAUGAAAAUCCAAAGGUUUCAACCCAUGUAGAGUCUUCUAUAUAAGUAGUUGUGUUGCGAUGCCCCCAUACACAAUCCCUUCUAAAUUAAGUGUUUAUCUUCUUCAUAAUUUGUUCUUCAUUCCCUCCUGAAAUGUCUCUCAAAGUUGAUGAUGUGUCCAAGAUUGAUGCUUUCAAAGAAACUUGGGCCAUUGUUGUGAAGGUUGUACGGUUGUGGUUAACUCCUAGCUACUCUGGAUCUAAGCUUCCUUCAUCGUUGGAAAUGGGCUGCAAAAUACAUGCUUCAAUCCGGCGUACUUUAGUCUACCGAUUCAAGAAUCAGUUGGUUGAGGGUCGUGUAUACCAGAUAUCAUUUUUUGGUGUUUGUGAGAACGGUGGUGAUUUCAGGACGACCUCUUAUCCAUACAAGGUUAAUUUUCAAAUGCAUACCAGUGUUAGGCUUAUGGCUAACACCCCCAUCACAGGAAAGCCUUUUUUCUUCAUGCCUCUGUCUGAUGUUGUCUUCAAGGAUCCUGAUACCUCAUUCCUCAUAGAUGUUAUAGGUAUCUUGACUGGCUCCUCUGGGGAGCAGGAGUUUGAGAAGCAUGGUAAAGUGCAAAAGAGGAUCACACUAGAAAUUGAACAGGAAGGAUUCAAUAAACUAAGAAUGAGGAUGGGUCAACGAGCAACAAGUGGAAUGCAUAAGGAUCCUAUUUUUCUUUUUAGUGCUUCUAUAAAUUUAUGUAACCUCCCCCCAUUGUUAGAUUAAAUUGGGAUUUCAUUGUUGUGC